AUGGAGCAGUUGCUGCAGUCUCCAUCACCAUCAUCAGUACAGAAAAUGAAAUCGAAGGAGCGAUCCAACUACGAUCGCAACAUUCACCAUUUACCCUGGUACGGUGGGCUGCUGCUGAUUGUCCUGAUAGCGUUCUGCGGUACAGUAAGUUAUCUGUCCUUCUUCUAUCUGCCACCGGCCCUAACCGUAGCCGAUCUUGCCCAUCAUCCGUUCGCGUUUAAUGGUGGCCGGGCCUGGGAUAGUCUUACGCGUCUGGAUGCUCUCGGCCCGAAACCGACCGGAUCUCGUGCUAACGAAGAGUUAGCCGUCCAGGUGCUGGAACAUGAAUUUGCCCUGCUGAACGCAUCCCACCAUCCGGCCCAGGAAGUGCUGUACGAAAAGCAGAUUGUGUCGGGCCACUAUGGGAUCAAUUUUUUCGGCAGCCAAAUGACGAGCGUUUAUCGGCGGGUGCAGAAUUUGAUCGUGAAGCUUGCUGGCCGCGAUGAUCAGCAUGCAUUGAUGCUGAAUUGUCAUUUUGAUUCCGUUGCCAGCAGUCCGGGUGCGAGCGAUGAUUGCGGUAGCUGUGCUGUGAUGUUGGAGAUUUUGCGCGUCUUAUCACGGACCCCGGAACGAAACCGCCAUUCGAUCGUGUUUCUGUUUAAUGGUGCUGAAGAAACGCCACUACAUGCUUCGCACGGGUUCAUUACCGGGCACCGGUGGGCUCGGCAGGUGCGUGCCUUUCUUAACCUUGAAUCGGCUGGAUCCGGUGGGAAGGAGCUGCUGUUUCAGAGUGAUCCACAGCAUCCGUGGCUAAUCGAAGCGUACGCACGUGCCGUUCGCCAUCCAUUCGGUCAGGCAAUCGGUGAAGAGAUCUUCCAGCUAGGGAUCAUACCGUCCGAUACGGAUUUUCGUAUCUUCCGCGAUUUUGGAUUCAUACCGGGAUUGGACUUGGCUCACAUCUUUAACGGAUACCGGUACCAUACGCGGUACGAUUCGGUGAAGUACCUCGAGCCAGCAGUUUUACAGCGCACGGGUGAUAACAUUCUUUCGUUGACGCGGCUUCUUGCCAACGGCGACCAGUUGGCCCGCAGUGUUGAUGAAUCGUUUUCCGACGCAAGAAUGGUGUUUUUCGAUUUCUUGGGCAUGUUUUUCGUCUCAUACUCGGCGAUCGAGGGUACGGUGCUGAACAUAGUGGUAUCUAUUGCUGGUCUGGUGGUUGGUUGUUGGAGUGUGCUUGUAUGCAUCGGUUGGGGUAACUGGCGUUCCAUGGCACUGGAAAUGUUGCAUGGAUUUGUGGCUACAUUGGUCGGCGCUGGAGCAGCAAUAGGUAUAAAUCUUGCCAUUGCUUUCGCGUUAGAUCGCGCUAUGGAUCGUUCGAUGUCGUGGUACUCAUCAAACUGGCUCGUGGUCGGCUUGUAUUGUGUGCCACCAACGGUGUUGCUGCUUAUUGUUCACCGUGAAUUUCAUAGAUUAUUCAAUAAAUCGAAGACUGUCCUGCCCCUAACACUGACGGUUCAAGCUCGCAUUACUGGUGUAUCGCUGUUUUGGUCGUUGAUCACCCUUGGAGCCUCUGCAUACGGUCUCCGAUCGGCGUACAUUAUCGCUGUGCUGCUUACACUGUCUCUCUUAAGCACCAUACUAAUCACCGUACUAAAGCUACAAUCCCUCGCAUCCGGCUACUGGCUCAUCGUUUACCUAAGCGUACACAGUGUUGCCCUGCUCUGGACAACACAGUUCUAUCACAUCUUCACCAACAUCUUCAUACCGAUCACGGGACGGUCGGGAGCGACCGAUAAUCCAGAUCUCAUCAUCGGUACUGUAGCGGCAGCAUGUACCAUUUUCGCCACCAGCUUCCUUGUGCCACUCAUCAACUUGCUACGUCAUCCGUAUCGUACCAUCAGUACGCUAUUCGUCCUAUUUCUGGUCGCUGUAACGCUUGCAACGGUGACGCCGGUCGGUUUCCCUUACACUGCACCAGGCGUCACACCCGCGGACACCCCAAAGGUGCAACGCAUACUUGUCCAUCAUACCGUUCGUCAAUUCUUCCAACCGAACAACACGCAGGACCUCCGUCGCGUGGACGCCGGUUAUCUUUUUCGGCUAUGGGAUCGUCACAACGAGCGUACAGUCCGGGAUGUGCUUGAAGCACAUUACGGGAAUGGUACCGGUAGGAACGCAUUAAAACCAACGCAUCUACCCGAAUGCACAACGGAAGUUUUCUGUGGGAUGCCAAGUUCAGCAGUGCGCUUUACUUCACUUUGGUCACCUCAACCCAAAAACCACCCAAACACACCGGACAUGGUGCAGCUAUCACUGAAUGGAUGGGAGCUUGUUCGACAUUCUUCCAACAGUUCCCGGAUAAAGCUAACGUUUAGCUUGAAUGGAAGUUUUCAAUCAUCGCUGUUGGUACGCCCGAGUCGCAACGUAACCUUACAGGGCUGGAAUCUCACGACGGACGUGCCGGCACAGCUUACAGCCGCAGGACAUAGCGCAUACUCGGUAGUGAUCACCCAUGGACUGGCGGGAGAGCCGAUUACAUUGAUGCUGGAGCUGGAAGCAGCUAAACCCCAGACUGAACCGGUUUCGCAUUUGGUAGAUAUAAGUGUUACGUCUAAUUUUUGGGAAUAUCACCAACACUUCAGUGACGAGUUUAGUCGCUUUGUGUCGUCGUUCCCUGGCUGGGCACAUGUUGUACCAGCAGUUACUGUGGUGAACGUUUAUAGUUUUUAA